UCUUGUUUCCGGUUUGACAGUAAUACUAGCCGCAGAGGAGAGGGAUAGGAAAUCCGGCCGAUCAUUCGUUAGCUGAAGGAAGAACGAAGAUCGGAAAGGAAUCUUCUCAAAUCGAUUCAACCUCUUCCUUCUCCUUUUCCAAAAUUUGAAUCCGAUCGGAGUUGUGUUCGUUGAGUUCAGACGGCGUUGAAUUCAAGGCGACCGAAGCAAUCCCGCUCCUAUUUGAAUCACUGAACUCCACUGCUUAACGAAUUCUUCCGAUUCUCUUCUCCUUCCUUCUUCUGUUAGAAAUACAGUCACAGAGGAAAGAAAAUGCAGCAGAGGAAACCUUUGUCUGGCAAUGGAAGGCCGUCAGGAACAGAUGGAUCUGAUUUCUCCUUCCGAAUGGUCGUCGAUUCCAGAUAUACCAAGGUAGCUAAAGGAAAGUCUCGUCUUUCUGUCCUACUCGUAACUCAGGCUAUGAUACAGCUUCUAAGCGCAAUGCUAUUAGUUUUACCCAUAAUUAAGAAUCAGGAAAUUGAUGUUCCAUCAGUUUCAGCCGCUAUUGUUGGAUUUCUUUCUCUCAUUUGUGCAGAAUUAGGCCGAAGACGCAGCAAAGUGGGAUUACUAAAGUUUUACAUAUUAGCAUCAUCUGGUGUAACAGUGUUCUUGAUUGCUAGUUCUGGUGGCAAGAAUUUGCUGAUGGAGGUUAUUCAAGAUCCAACUAAUUGUAUAAGAACAAAGCAAUUUGAGCUUCUAAAGGCUGCUGUCCUCUUGCUAGGGUUGGUGGUGCAAAUAAUUGCUGUGAGCACAACAUCUUGGCUAAUUUUUAACAUGUCUCCUCCUAAAAGAGCUUCUUCUUAAUUAUUGGUUUUAUUUAAUAACAGAGGACCCAAAUUUAUUCUCGGAUUUGCUAGUAUUUAUAUAUUCUCAUAUUUAGAAAUCCUCGGGUUUUUAUUGGUUUUGCACUGCAAAAAGAGCAUUCUAUGAAAUGUUUAUAGAUUGAUCAUACAGACCUUGUUUAUAAAUUAUUUUUGUUGCAUAGAUACAUUAUUCAGUUUCUGAAAACAUUUGGUGUGUGUAUUUCCUAAAUUACCUUGAUGAUUUGUUACUUGUUUGCAGAUGUUUGAUUUAGUACUUUUAGGUGAUGAUAUUGCAUGGUUA